CAUCGACAAAUUAAAUCCAUAAUUUCACUCUUUUCCCCCUCAUUUCACUUUUCCUUUAGAGACAAUACUUCUGUUAUCGCAUUUCAAUAUUCCCCCUUCUGAUUCUGAGCUCCCCAUUCCUCAAACAAUUAUCUAUAUAAUCUAUAACUGCUAAAAAGAUUAUUGGUUCCUUCUUUCAUAUUUUUUCUUGCUGAAUCCAAUUUUGUACUACAAUUCUAAAUCACUAAAAUAUCAAUACAUUUCAAAUUCAUGCAAUUCCAUAAAUAGUGAGGGCCACCAACUCACUUAUCCGUCUUCAAAUCAACAAAACUCACCCACCGAAAAAAAGAGAUACAAAUGGAAUUGAAGAAGCCCACAACAGAAGAUCUAAUAGAAAAAAAAAUGAAAUUGAAGGUUAGGGUUUUCAUUCAAAAUUGGGGAAAGUUCAAACGUUUAGCUAACGUUCAAUCAUAGAUUAUGGGAGUAGUUAUAGAAUAUUUAUCUAUAGAUUUUUGUUUGGCCAUAAUUGGGUUGCAUUAGGGACCGGGUUUUAGAUGAUUUCAUUUUUUACUGGUCAUGGAUAAACUUACGUGAUAUAUUCGGUGUCAUGGUGUAUGAACCAAACAAAAGUUGUUUAGUAUGGUAUUCGGUGAGCAUUAUUUAAAAAAAUCAAAACCGAAUAAUUGAAAUGAGGGAAAAAGAGUGAAAUUAGAGAUUUAAGUCGUCUAUACACGUGGAGGUGGGGUCUGUUUGGCGUGCACAUGUGGCGUUCAUGUGACAUUUAACGCACACAUGGAUACUUUCGUUAACUAAAAGGGUAGAUGUGUCCCAAUAGUUUGAUGGAAAUGGUUUUUUUAGCCAAAAUAUAGUUUAAGGAUACAUAUAAGUUAUUUCGGAUAGUUUAAGAGUAGUUUUGAUCCUAUUCCGUUAUAUAGAUAAUGUAUAAUCGUAUAUAAAUGAUAUACUACAUUUUUAUACAUUGUUGAUACAAUAAAAUAUACAACUUUUUUUCCUCUCAAUCAACUCAAAAUUCCUUUAAAGAAUCUCAAAAUUUGGAUAUGAUAUGUUCUUCAUGUUUCAAAGUCUUAUUGAUAUCCUUGGGCUUUGAGCAAAGUCACAAUUUAGCUUAAGCCCACUCAAUUGCUACCUCCACUUUUUUCAUUUUGUAGAAAGAAAAGAGUAGAAGAUCACACUAUUUCUGUUUCGUUUUCUGCAAGUCAUUUGAAUUUAGAUAGGUGAUUGAGAAUAUUCCGAUGACGAGCGAGUCGGAAAAUGUCCUCCGCCGCCGUACUGCAUAUGAUGAAUUCCGGAAAAAGCAACUCGAGCAGAAGGAGCUAGAUGCUCAGCUAUGGGCAGUGAAAGAAAAUUUGCGUGCAGCCAAAAAGGAAUAUGGUAAAACAGAAGAUGAUUUGAAGUUGCUUCAGAGCGUUGGGCAGAUCAUAGGCGAAGUGCUCCGGCCUCUAGAUGACAAACGCAUGAUAGUUAAAGUCGGUUGCGGUUCAAGGUAUGUGGUUGGCUGUUGCAGUAAAAUGGAUAAGGAAAAUCUAACUUCUGGCACUAGAGUGGUUCUCGAUAUGUCGACUCUUACAAUCAUGAGGGCUCUCCCACAUGAAGUUCAUCCUAUGGUGCAUAAUAUGCUUCAUGAAGAUCCUGGCAAUAUAAGCUACUCUGCUGUGGGUGGACUGUCAGAUCAGAUCAGAGAGCUGAGAGAAUCAAUAGAACUACCUCUGAUGAACCCUGAACUUUUCCUCCGUGUUGGAAUUAAGCCUCCAAAGGGUGUUCUUCUCUAUGGGCCUCCUGGGACUGGCAAGACCUUGUUAGCCAGGGCAAUUGCCCGCAACGUUGAUGCCAAUUUCUUAAAGAUAGUAUCAAGUGCCAUUAUUGAUAAAUACAUAGGUGAGAGUGCGAGAUUGAUACGGGAAAUGUUUAACUAUGCUCGUGAUCACCAACCUUGCAUCAUUUUCAUGGAUGAGAUUGAUGCAAUUGGUGGACGUCGAUUUAGCGAGGGAACAAGUGCAGAUCGUGAAAUUCAGAGAACGCUCAUGGAGUUGCUUAAUCAGUUGGAUGGAUUUGACCAUAUUGGAAAGGUAAAAGUGAUUAUGGCAACAAACAGGCCAGAUGUUUUGGACCCAGCUCUUCUUCGCCCUGGUCGUUUAGAUAGAAAAAUAGAAAUACCGUUGCCUAAUGAACUAUCAAGAAUUGAGAUCCUCAAGAUUCAUGCUGCUGGAAUUGCCAAACAUGGUGACAUUGAUUAUGAAGCUGUUGUUAAGCUUGCUGAGGGUUUUAAUGGAGCUGAUCUUCGAAAUGUGUGCACUGAAGCUGGUAUAUCAGCAGUACGUGCAGAGCGUGAUUAUGUCAUCCAUGUGGAUUUCAUGAAGGCUGUAAGGAAACUGAAUGAAGCGAAGAAACUUGAAUCAAGUGUGCACUAUGCUGCCGAUAUUGGCAAGGAGUGAGGGAUUUUUGUCAUUUGUGUGAUACGACCAACCCCAUAGGACUAUUGGAGUGUUCCAAUAUCUUAGUCUUUGCAAUUGUAGUUACAUAUACUUGUAUUGCCCAUAUUCAGGAAUUAUGUAAAAAGCAUUAGCAUUAGGCACAUUUGUUUUCCACUUAUAGUUUGCGAUGGAUAUGGUAUUGGACGGAAUAUAUGAUAUGAUGCAGUUUGUGCGAUUGAA